AUGGACCUGGCUCUGAGAGAGACAGACUGCGAAGAUGUCCCAAAAAUGAUCUGGCAAAGAAUACUCAGCUCAACAUAUUGCCCGCGGUAUAAAUUUGUUAAAACAACUGAUGGUCGUGAGCCACUCUGGAAUGACAGGAACGCAAAGGGCUGGAUAAAAGAAAUCUGGUCACGUCUAAGAUGCGAAAAUAUUGGCAGACAUGACAAAAAAGGUUACAAAGCCUGGGACUGCAGACUAUGCCAUAGUGAACCAGAAACCAUCGAACACCUACUUAUUUAUCGAAAAGCCCGUAUGCUAUGCCCACAAAAAUCGCAGACAAAAUUCAAGCUCUCACUGAUGGUGAAUAUGAUGCUGACCUUUACUUUCUGGUCAAAGAAUUGCUGA